AUGGGAUUCAUCGUAAGCAAGCGAUUGAGGGCGGCAGUCUCCCGCGAGGACCCUGCUACGCAGCAGGAGGCCCUCAUCGACUUCUACCACAACGUGGAACUGACACACUACUCGGUGGUCGACCCGCGCAUCGGACACGACCGCACCCGGAUGGCGUGGGAGGCCGUCCUCUUCGUCCAGGCCCGGGAUCUCGACCGCCUCCUGCGCGAGGGCCUGCGCGUGUCCGCGGACAAUGCCGUCCCUCGGAGGGGCUGCGCCAUCCCGUACCCGUGCCCCGACGACCUUUCGUGGCACGGCUGGGCCCACGCGCAGCAGUACGCCCUGCGCGGCGCCGGCGCCGGCGGGUGGUCGGCCCACCUCGUCGUUGGGGCCCGCAAGCGAGAGGUGCUGGCGCGGUUCCGCAUCGAGCACGUCGUGGGCAGGAUGGCGCAGGCCUGCGCGUGGAACGGGGAGGCGUCGCUGGUCUUCCACCACGACGCUUUCGAUGAGGUGCAGAAACAGUACAACCAUCGAUUUGCCGUCCUUGUCGAUGAGUCUACCCCCUUGGGGCUUACCGAUCUCGACGGACUGGGUAGCAGCGGCGCCAACUCACAGAACGAAUCGGAGUCAAGGCCGGAUUCACUGACAAGGAGCUUUGUGGAUGGUCGAAUGACAAGAUUGAAGGCAAUAAUGUCUCGACGUUACAGGGUUGUUUGA